AUGUUGGAACUGGGCCUGAUGUGGGAAUUGCUGUGGUACCUGUUGCUGGACUUGCUGCUGGGCCUGAUGUGGGACCUGUUGCUGGACCUGCUGUGGGACCUGUUGCUGGACUUGCUGUGGGACCUGUUGCUGGACCUGCUGUGGGACCUGUUGCUGGACCUGCUGUGGGACCUGCUGUGGGACCUGCUGUGGGACCUGCUGUGGGACCUGUUGCUGGACCUGCUGUGGGACCUGCCCACUCGCCAUCUGCAUCGCUUGAGCAACUCAAAUCGCGCUGUCAAACUCAAAUCGCGCUGGGGGGCCCAUAAAUGA